AUGUCGGAAUUCCCCGUCGGAGAAUUCCUCUUCAAGCGUAUCCAGGAGCUGGGUAUAGAGACCAUUUUCGGUGUCCCUGGUGAUUAUGAAUUGGCUCUUCUGGAUCUUGUUGAGCCUGCCGGUCUUAAGUGGACUGGCACCCCGAACGAGCUGGUUGGUGCUUACGCUGCAGAUGGCUACGCCAGGCAAAAGGGCGCCGGUGCGUUAGUCACUACGUUUGGGCCUGGCGAACUAAGCGCUCUCUGUGGCAUUGGAGGUGCCAACUGUGAAUCUGUGCCCAUUGUCCAUAUCGUGGGCUAUCCAACCGAGGCGGCUCAGAAAAGUGGUAAUAUUCUGCACCACACAUUAGGUGAUUUGAAAUACGACCAUUAUGUCAAGAUGUCCUCCGAGCUGUCCUGUGCAACAACAGUACUGCAUGACCCGGCGACUGCGGUGGCGGAAAUCGACCGAGUCUUGAAUGCUAUGAUCUACCACUCAAAGCCAGUGUACAUCGGUAUUUCAGAAGACGUUGCUUAUGCCAAAGUGUCCGUUUCUACUCUGGACAAGAAGCUUGUCCACAGCCUGCCCGUUGGGGAUCUUGCUGUCGAGACCCGAGCCAUUUCCGACAUUAUCGCGAAACUCGAGGCCUCCAAUGGUGCCGUCAUUAUAGUUGACGGCGGUGCCAACCGGUCCAGCUGGGCGCCCUUCGUGGACCCUCUGGUUGAUGCAUUGAAGGUACCCGUUUUUGUUACUUGUUUGGGAAAGGGAGCCGUAGAUGAGUCGUCUCCAUACUUUGGUGGCGCAUACGGCGGCAUAGACUCGUGGCCCAAUGUCGUCAAGAUGGUUGAGUCUUCCGAUUGCAUCUUGUGGUUGGGUAGACUACCCUCGGACUUCAACACUGGAGCUUUUACAGAACAUGUCAAUCCUUCUACUGUCAUUGACUUUCAACGCUUCUCGAUUGAGAUUGGCGAGACCAAGUUCGACGCCAAAAUCAGCCAUGUCCUGCCAAAGCUGAUCGAAGCAAUCAAGGGAAAUGCCAGCUUGACAUCGCGUCCAACCCGCCCUCUUGUCUCGCAGCCACCACUUCCUCGGAAACCAGCAUCGGAUCUGAUCACGCAGGAUUGGGUGUGGGAGCGUCUCUCAUCAUUCCUCAAACCCGGCGAUCUCCUCGUCAGCGAGACUGGAACCGCCCAAUUCGGCGUCCUGGGCACCCGUCUCCCUUCUGGCGCUAGCCACUGGACCCAAGCCGUCUGGGGCAGCAUUGGAUACGCAACGGGGGCGGCGGUUGGAGCUUCCAUUGGCGCCAAAGAGACGGGCAAAUUCAAAAGGCUCGUGCUACUGACAGGCGAGGGUUCGUUGCAGAUGACCAUUCAGGCAUUUUCGCUCUUGAAUCGGCAUGGCAUUGUGCCAAUUGUUUUUGUCCUCAACAACGCUGGCUACACCGUCGAACGAUACUUUCACGGCUGGGGGGCUAUCUACAACGACGUGCCCGACUGGGACUAUGGCAAGAUCUUCUCCGGGAUGGCACCUAAUUCCGGGGCUCGGGGAUACAAAAUCACCAAGCGUCAUGAUAUGGACGCUCUCCUUGAUGACCCUGAGGUGCAGAAUGCCACGUAUCCGCAGGUUAUCGACUUUGCCCUGGCCAAGGACGAUGCGCCGACUCCGCUCAAAUUGGUUUUUAAGGGUAAGAAGCAGGGUUAA